AUGAGUUUAUACGCCAACUACAACGUUUUAUCGAAAGCAUACGAUGAGAACAGGUCAGCCGUUGCCUCUCAUCUUUACAUCGGAGGCUUCCUCGCCAGACUUGGGAUACCCCUGCAAGAUCUGCAUCUUCUAGAUGCCGGCUGCGGGACAGGAAACUACGCCAAAGCUAUGUUGGAUGCCGGUGUCGGGAAGAUGACUCUACUCGACGCCAAUGAGGGCAUGUUGGGCAAGGCCAAGGAGAAGCUUCAGCGCUAUAUCACAGAUGGUCGGAUUCUUGAGGUAAGACAGCAUGCCCUCCCGACCAUUCCGUUCCCUGAUGAAUCAUUUGACUGCAUGAUGAUAAAUCAGGUAAUCCACCACUUAGAUCAAACCAAAGAGCACCCCAACAUCAGGAAGGCCAUGGCGGAAGCAUUCCGGGUCCUGAAACCAGGCGGGGUCCUGAUAGUCAACACGUCCUUCCCGCAUCAGUUUGCCAAGGGAUACUGGUUCUAUCCUUUGGCGCCUCGCGUUGUUGACAUCUUCGAUACCGUACUUCCAGACCCCAAGGAGAUGAUUCAGAUUCUUAAAGACGUCCAGUUCUCGGAACCCGAGAUCGUGGUACCACUGGAUACCCUGUUCUACUCGUCGAUGGAGCACUAUCUUCAUGAGGACGGACCACUGCGCCCGGAGAUGAAGAAAUCCGAUUCGUUUUGGGACAAAGUGACCCCCGAUGAGUGGAAAGGGAUAGAAGCUCGCAUAAAGGAGAUGAAAGAAAAUGGAACCCUGAAGCAGUAUAUUUUUGAAAAUGACAAGCAGAGACUUGAAGUGGGACAGCUUAGUUUGGUAUUUGCGAUGAAGUAG